CACGCCGCUCACGUGAAUUGAAGGCUGCACGCAAGCCGAACUCCGAACUGCGACCUUGGGCCAGCCUCCGACCGCGUUUGACCCACACGGCUGACGAUUCAACAUGCCUUCUGGCGGAGGUCUUUUUUCCCGCCUUAAAGACAGGACGGCCACGCUAGGCGGACGUUCCCCCGGUACACUACCUGCUCAACCGAACAAAAUUCUUACGGAGCUUGCUGCACCCAGAUUGGUUUUGACAAGCGAGGAUGAGAAGGGUACAGAGUUAACUAUGUCUCCAGCAAACUCUAGUCGUAUCUCAGUUGAUUCCUUGCCAGUUGUUGGUACCGCAAAUGGAGGCCAGCCGACUCCAGACCGAGACCGACCGCCGCCCCUGAUUCUACAGCCACAUGAUCUACCUGAUAUUGGCCUCGCGACUCCUACCAUAGGGAAUGAACCUGUUUCGGCAUUAGAUACAACACCUCGCCCCGCUCCAGAUGCCCCCGUCUUCAACGACCCCUUCGUAGGCAGCAGCAACAGACAGCUCAAGCCCCCAGGAUGGGGGCCAGAGGCAACAAAAUCUCCUAGCAGAAAGACAUCCCUUGUGUCGCUCCUUCGGAAAAAGUCGUCGCAGAAUUCGGUGAAGCCCAAAGGAUCCCCUGCUUCCCGUAGAGGGUCGCUUGCGUCAAGUGACGGGGGUUCUGUACGAGAACGGCAAGGUUUGGAGCACACCCCCGACAACUCUCCACCACCUGCUUCGCUUGUCAUGUCCCCGACAACGAUCUCAUUACCAUCCUCAGCGUAUCUGUCCGCUCCAUCUAAAGAUUCUGAUAACAUAUCACUCCGUUCGAAUGUGUCCACUUCUGGAAAGAAGAAAGGCUUACGCGGCUGGAGUAGCCCCAAGAAGGCGAGUGGCCCCGCCGGGGGUAUUGCUGGAGCGCUGGCAUCAUCAGGCAUGUCGCUGGCAACCCAUGCGACUGGGGGGCAGAAUAGCCCCCCCAUACCGAGGCCCUUACCAGGUUCCAAGCCUAUCAAGGGCGCCACACCAAUGCGAAAUGGGACAAAACAUGCUACAAGAACAUCCAUAGACAACGUUCUAGCUCGUAGCGCUCCUGGUCUUUCGUCCCCGCCAAGGUCAUCCGAAGAGCCAGAUGGGUACCCAGGGGAGUUGUCAGAUGAACUUUAUGAGUCGCCGGACGGGUUCAGCUUCGAUGAUGAUGAUAUUCCAGUCACUGGAUUCGCCGUUGCCAGCUCUAAGCGGAACGCUGACUUCCAUGACCUUUUCCCUGACGUACCUGGAAAUGAUUAUCUAAUUGAAGAUUAUGGCUGUGCCUUGCAACGCGAUAUUCUUGUUCAAGGACGAUUAUACAUUUCCGAGAACCACAUGUGCUUCCAUGCCAAUAUCUUUGGUUGGGUCACGAAUGUUACGAUCCCCUUUGGCGAUGUCACCUCUCUUGAGAAGAAAAUGACGGCAUUUGUCAUUCCCAAUGCUAUCCAGGUCACGACGCGUAAUGCGAAGUACACUUUCGCAUCCUUCAUAACUAGGGACACCUCGUACGACGUUAUUCAAAACAUAUGGAGACUCUCGUCGCCUCAGGGUGGAGGAGGUCUGCAACAUGGAGAGAAAGUCAGUUUGCGAUCUGCCGUUGGCAAUGACUCUUUCAUAGCACCGGAAGAUGCCUCAGCGACCGGUCGGGAUGGUGAUUUCGGGGAGAGGAAGCAUAAGGCUACGCAGUGUGCAUGCCUAAGACAGGGGCAGCAUUUAAGCGAAACAAUGAUGAAUUGCGUCAUGCCGGGGACUCCAGAGCAAAUUCAGAAUCUGAUAUGGACCAGCGGAUUCAUGAGAGAUUUCAUGUCCAAUAAUCAGAAGCUGACUGAUAUUCAAUCAUCGGAAUGGUCGCCUCAGUCCACCGGGUCACAUCUUCUAUCACGAACGAUGACGUACACCAAACCCCUCAACAAUAAUUUAGGACCAAAAUCGACAAAGUGUGAAAUCACUAACGAAUUUUUGUACGCCGACCCCAAUGAUUACUACACAACCCUGACGACGGCGAAGACCCCUGGCGUGCCCAGCGGCAACGUAUUCUCGGUGAAGACGAGGACAUGCCUGAUGUGGGCAGGCUCCUGUUCCACUAAUGUUAUCGUUACAAGCAUGGUGGAGUGGACCGGGCGGAGCUUUAUCAAGUCGAUGAUCGAAAAAGGUGCCAUGGAGGGCCAACGUUCGUAUCAUGUGGACCUCGAAGCCGCAAUGAGAGGCUACAUUCAGGAGCAUAAGACCGAGUUCUUCCCUGAAGGCGAACCGGAAGAAGCCGCGGUUGCUGAGAUGACCUCGCUUCAGAUCCCUGCCGCUCAGGAAGCGCCUCUAACACCUGAAGAAGCCCGGAAAGCCCGUCAGCUCGAGACUCCAGCUAAAGGUCUUCAAUGGGCACUGGACACCUUUACUGGGGCUUGGAGUGUUGGUGUUAAAAGUGCGAGUGGUGCCUUUGAAAUCCUUUGUGACAUUUUCGAGAACACGUCUCGGCCCACGCUCGUCACGGUUGUCAUCGUCGCACUUGUGCUAAGCAAUAUCUGGACAUUGGCCAAAUUCCAAAAUGCCAGGUAUGAACAAGUCGCGGUGAAGCGUCGACAUUUUGGUUCGCCAUACGACGGGACUGGACUGGAGAACGAAAAUUUGAAGGCGGAGGCUUUGAGGGUAUUGUUGGAAGGUGUCAUUUCUCGAUCGGGACCUGAAACCCCAUUACACCCACCUGCGCCGCCGCCGCCACCACCACCACUGUCAUCAUCUGCGGCGCUUUCGCCUCCCAAACCCCGGACGCCGGUAGGAGCCGAAUCUUCGUCAAGUGAAGAUCUCAAGAGCCUGCAGGAAGCCCUCGCCGAGAUUGAAAAGCGCGUGGAGGAGCUCAAAGUCCAGCUCUCCAAGUUGGAUGAGGAAAUUAUUAAUUCAUAGCUGCAUCUGCCGUAUAAGUAUACCCUCACAACAUGUGCAUGCCCUCAUCUGUAUUGUUGUUCUCUUUUUUCCCUGCUUUUUUCUUGGUUUCAAGUAUAAUUGUGCGAGUUCUACAACUGCGUAUUCGAGGUUGCCAUUCCUUUCACUAUUCAACAUCACCACUAUCAUUAGCCCGUGGUUAUUCCUGGUUCAUGACAAUGCUUUUCUUGCCUCGUAACAAAUGUUCACCAUUGUUGUCUCCAUAACCCAUGUAAUACUGGAUUGGAUACUCGCAUCGUCGAUAUUUUGAAUUCGGAGGAGUUGGCCG